CGACGAGAGAACGCGGGGCGGGUCCGCGGCCUGAGCGCUGGGCGCCAGCUUUCCGAGGCUCCUCCCGGGAGCGGCCCGAAGCAGCGCGCCCCUCAGCCGGUCCUCGGCCCGCAAGACCUGAGGCCAGUACACAAGACCGCGUACUGGCUGCCAGGCCUCUGGGCCCGUCGUGAGGGGACUUCCUCGAAAGCGCGGGCCUGGUCAGUCGGCCGGUCGCGGCGGGCCAGUCUCCUUGGUGCAGGCGUCCUGGAGGCACCCGGGGAUCCUCGCCGCCGGAAUGCGGGACUGGCACGAGGUCUUUGCCCACAACGUGCUCGUGCCCCCCCACCCGCAGAGAGCACGCCAGCCGGUGAAGGAGUCCACGGCGUUCCAGUGUGUCCUGAAGUGGCUCGACGGGCCGCUCAUCAGACAGGGGCUGCUGGAGGUGCUGUCGGAGGUGGAGUGCCAUCUGCGAGUGUCUCUCUUUGAUGUCACCUACCGACACUUCUUCGGGAGGACGUGGAAGAGCUCCGUGCAGCCGACCAAGCAGCUCUCGAGGCAGCCGUCCCGGGUCGUCUUCAAUGAG